UCCAUCACCCAGUGCCACGUCUCCCGCAGCCGUGGGGUCGCUCACCAUUUAUAAAGUCUGCCCUACUGCAGAGCCCAUCGGGAAUCAACUGACGGAGAUCUCCACAGCACACCGGAGAAAUCCAGGUACCUGACCCAAGAUGCUGAAGGUCUCUGGCCUCUUCAUUCUCCUCUGCGGGCUGUUUGUCCCAUCCUCUCAGACCAUACCUGUAGAUGCUUCCCAGAUCACCGAUGCUUUGACCCAAGAACUUAUCGACAAGAAAUUCCUUUCUCUGCUGGGUGCUAUUAACCUAGACGGAUUACUGAAUACCAUCCUCAGCCAAGUAACAGGCCUCCUGAACCUCCUGACCGGCUCACUCCUGGGGAACAACGUUGCGAUAAUACGGCUGCAAGACCCUCGACUCCUCCAGCUCUCCCUCCACUUCACCCCUGGUAGCAAGGAGGUUGAGUUAUGGAUACCGUGCUCAUCUUCCUUGUAUGUGAAGUUGUCGCUUCUUGAUCCCCUCAUACUUAACGUGCAGAUAAAUAUCAGAGUCCAGCUUCUUCUGGAGAGCGGCAUAGAUGGCAAAUACCGACUCGUUGUUGGGCGUUGCAGACUCUUGCCUGAAACUAUACAGCUCCAAUCUGGAACUCUACUGACUCCAACAACAAGUCUGAUUGUGAAAAAUAUAGAGACAAACCUGGAAACCUUCAUAAUCAAUGAUUUGGUAGCAGAACUAUGUCCCUUCCUUAAUUCAUUGCUCUCCAACCUGGAUCUGCAGCUGGUGAAUGAUCUGAUUAAUCUGAUACUGCAGAAUGCCAGCCUCCAAGUUGGCAUCUAAAUAUCCCCAAAGUGAAGGAGCCACAUUUGCAUCAAUUCGAAUCAGGUCCUGCUUACUGGUCUCCUUCCUGGAAUGUCCUCCACACUACAGGCUACCACCUACGUAGAUAUUCAUGUUGAUUAUUCAGCUGCUGCCUGCAAUUUCAUUACCCACCCUGGACCCAAAGAUCCACUACUUUUCUGGCUAUGGAGGCUGUUUCCCU